AUGUCAGUGUGUUUAGCUAUUACAAAGACGGUUGCAGUGUCUUCUUUGGGGCUUUCUGCAGGUUUAUUAACUACUUCUUCCAUCAUAUCAUCAAGAAAUGACUUCCUGAAUUUAUUGACAUCCCUGGAUAUUGUCUCACAAUAUAAGCUGUCUAAGUUGGUUGUUUCAUUACAAACAGUUUCUAAUUGGCUAAGUGGGUUGGCAAGUGUUGGUUUUGGUGUAAGUUAUUUUGCUGUCAAUCUUGAUUUUUUGAAACAUCCUUACUUACUAUAUGGCAUGAUUUUAUCCCCUCUUUCUUCAGUGUAUCUGUACUACGUCAAACAUUCUAUCCAGCGUAAACUGUCUUUGCAAGAAAUUCGUGGUGACGAUAAACCAUCUAUCAAGCUUAAUAUCAUGGAUGACUCCAUCGUGGACUUAGGUCCGGAUGAAAAUCAUACAAAGAUAGAUAACGGCGACAGUUCAAAGACAAGAAAUUUAUCACCAUUGAAAACCAUUAAUAGGCAUCUAUGGUUCGCAUCCAGCAUCAGCAUACUAACUUUCAUCCAGUCUGUCGUUGGUAUAUACGGGGAAGGUCAGUUUGUAUAG